ACAACUGUAUUUUGCCGUCAAGUUUUGGUGACAGAAGUUAGUGUUAAUCACAGCGUUAAUUUUGUUGCAAUUAAAUUCUUUAAAUAAUUAAGCAUGUUCGGUUUUACAUCACCGGCUCCCCCAUUGUGGUCAAAUGGACCCACACCAGGAUCAUUCUACAAUUUCCCUGAUUUGCAAACUAGGCCUGAUGAUUUUGUCAGUCAUUCUCAGGCUCCAGUGACAACAGCUACUUCAAUUGUGGCAGUAGCCUAUAAUAAUGGAGUAAUCAUAGCUGGUGAUCUUUUGGGUUCCUAUGGAUCCUUGGCCCGUUACAGAAAUUGUCCAAGAAUUUUGAAAAUUAAUGAAAACAUUAUUUUAGGAGCAGGAGGAGAUUAUGGUGAUUUCCAGUACAUCAAAGACUUUGUUGAACAAAAAAUUAUAACAGAGGACUGUGUAGAUGAUGGGGUGAAGCUUAAACCAAGAUCUUUAUAUUGUUGGUUAACAAGAGUUAUGUACCACCGUAGAAGUAAAUUUGAUCCUUUUUGGAAUAAUAUUGUUGUUGGAGGAAUACAGGAUGGAGAAAUCUUUCUUGGAACAGUGGAUAAACUGGGCACGGCAUAUACAGAUAAAAUCAUCUGUACAGGUUACGGAGCCCACAUUGCUACUCCCAUGCUUAGGGAUUAUUUGGACAGGAAUCCCAAUCCUUCGCAGGCAGAGGCCAGGCAGCUGGUUGAAAAAGCAAUGGAAGUUCUAUUUUACAGAGAUGCCAGAAGUUACAAUAAAUAUUUAUUAGGAAUUAUUGACAAAGAUGAUGGAAUUAAAGUAGAAGGCCCUCUUGAGAUCCAAACUAAUUGGGAAAUAGCAAACUACAAAAAUUAAAAAUUUAAUAUUUUUUUGUAAGAUUUAUAUCUAUAAUAAAAACAUUUUUCUGAUA